AUAAGCUGCUGUAAAAUUUUCGUUAAAUCUCAAAGAAAAAUAAAAUUGUUUCAAUUUCGAAAAUAUUUAUCUACAGGCAGCGAAAUGGUUUACCAGUCUUGCCGGUUAUUAAUAUUGGCAACCCUACUUUCCCAAUUUCUGUUAGAAACACACGGCUAUGAGGCAACUAAGCCUUGUGGCUUUUCUAGUUUUGAGUGUAUAUCAGGAUACAUUGCGACCUUUAACAAUGCCAAAGAAUGUCGGUGCGUCCUAGAGUUAUCCCCCGAAGAAAAGAAAGAGCAGGAGGAAAAUCAGUGCCAACAUUUCAUAAACAGCUGCGAACAUCCGGUCAAUGGGGUCAGAGCAAUAACAAACGAGCUUCCUUGCAGUGAGGCAGUUGACAGAUGCCCCGCUGAAACCAGAGAAAAGCUUUGCAGCGGGGAUUCCGAAUAUUCGAGGUUUGCAAAGUUUUGUACAAAUGGGAAUAUCCUAUCAGAUCCAGCUUUUUUGGAAUGUUUCCAGAACGCGACGAGUUCCAAGGCCACAAUUAUGGACUGCAUCUUCAGUGUUUAUCAAAAUCUUACAAGUUCUUUGAACAACAACCUUUUUGCAGGAAAGUAGUAGUCUCUACGAUGGUUAUAUUUAUGCAAAUAUAUUGUACUACCUAAUUUUAAAAUUUGAU